AUGUCUCCCAUCCCCAGAUUUCACCUACCAAAGAUUUCAGCUCAGGCUUGCGAUGAGUCUAGCGCAACCAGAAAGCCAAUGAAGCCUCCUCCGAGAAAGCUCGAGACAUUAACCCUAGGCUGCAAGAUGAGCUUCUUGUUAAUCUAUCCUCACUAUGCCCUUGUCAACGCUGACAUCGAGGGAACGGCCAAAAACAUUGUACGUGAAGCUCUUGCAACCGCAACAUUCACGGACUUCGAAUGUACCUAUUGUUGCGCACCUCACGAGUACAAGCUUCCCGUUUCGUCGAGAGAUCCGAGUGACAGCGACAAAACACGGAACAAAUAUUGGCGAGUCGACAUCGAUCUCGAUGCGCAUGUCCAUGACGAUGAUUUCGAGGACCUGACAGGAAGAUACUACGUUGUUGGAACCCAAGUCAUCAGCCGCGCCUCCAAAUUUCACGACAAAACGAACUGUCCUAGAGACAAGUUUGCCAGCCCCAGGAAUUGGAUCUAUCACAAUCAUCACGAAAGACGUGCUCAGCACCACUGGUCUUUCGAACUAAAAGCAGUGAACGAUGCGCUCAAGACGCUGAGCAAGAAGCCGAACUACAGAGUCUUGACUAACGAAUACACAGAUUUCAGAGUGUAUGUUGGGAACAAUCAUCACUGUAUUCACAUGGAUGUUGCCAGAAGUUUGAUGGCUAUCUUCACUGCUUUUGAGAGACAGUUCGACGCGAUCAACAUGACACAGAGGAUCGGCGGCGGUAUAAGGGAUCAGCUAGCCCCCAGAGCCAGCAAGCCCAAGGUCCAUAGUCAUCUCUCGGAUGCCUUGAACAACAUUCAAGCGGAUGCCGGAGAGGGAUGCAAGCCCAUGUCGAGCAUCAAUAUGGCUUACCUUAAGCUUCAAGGUAUUGACAGCGGUUAUGAUGUCAGGACCUUUCUUCGAAUCUAUCUGAAAGGUGAUCUGAACAGAAUCCAGCUUCAGAACAUCCUUGACAACGAGUUGAUCUCCCACCGAAACACUGCCCUGGAUCUCAUUGCGUACAACCCUGAAUACGUCAGCUACUGCCUGAAGAAACCCACUGUGGUCUUCCGUUCGCACGCAGGCACUCUUGAACUCAACGAGCAAGUUGCAUGGAUAGAUCUAUGCUGCAUUCUUACGGAACUCUGUUAUGAACAGGACCUCCGUCACAUCAACAACUGGACAAGGAAACGCUGGACCGAGCCACACAAUCGAUACACCAUCCUCUCGAUCCUACACCAUAUCGGUGGCUACCACAUGGACGCUUUAGCCCACUACAAGAAAGUUGCAGUGCCCAUCAAAGACCCUGAGUCCACGGUCGAGCAACCACAUCUGCCCAUUCUUGCUGCCGAGUUGAAAGCUGAAGUUGCUCACAGUGAUCCAUUGAAGCACACCAAAGUUCCCGAAUCUACUCUGGUCAACUGUUCCAAGUACAAAAAAGCUGCGAAUGUUAGAGACAAGAUCAAACACAAGUUCGACCUGGGUUUUUACGAGUGA